UACAAUAUAUUAUUUGUCUGAGGCUAAUGUAAAUAAAUAUAACCUAGUUUUUUCAUAUUUAUAUUUAUUAUUUUAUGGCUUAGUAAAAUGGUUUUAAAGAGACAAUUAUUAAUAGCGACCUUAAUAGCGAACAAAGAGAAAGCUGAGGAAGCUGCAAAAUCCAAAAAAAUCAUUGACAACAACAAUGGAGACAACAAGAGAACCUACAGUAUUCUCUCUUAUUUUAUCGUACUAGUAUUACUAGGAAAACCUAUAUGGUGGUACACAACUAGAGUUUACAGAGCCACAUUACCUCUAAAUGCAAUUGAUGAACUACAACUUAGAAACAAAACUGUUAGUGAAUUCGGAAUACCCUUAAGUUUAGAAUACGAUCUUUUAAUAAAUUUUGUUCAUCCCGAUCCAAGUAGUCUCUCAAUCGACGUGGAUAUCCUCCAAAUCGAUGCAGCUUUAGAUAAUUUUGCCAAGAAACACCUACCAAUAGCCGAUUUUUUUAUUAAAUCACAGUGGUUGUAUUUGACUGAGCUUGGUGUCAUUCCUCAUAGAGUAAACGGUCAUCUUGCACUGUCAGAAAGUCAGUUACCUCAUAUUAUUACUCCGUUAGAAAGUAAGUUCUGGUCACAUUUAUCUCCAAGGCCCAGUAUAAACCUAGUUGUAUAUUUUCCACAUUGCAAGUCGCCUUUGUAUAUUUAUGAUAACAAUAAUGUAAGAUCGCAGACAAAUGCUUUUGUCAGUCCUAGAUGGGGAGGUGUAUUUAUACUAAACCCAGAUAAUAAGUCUUGUGAACAAGGGAAUUAUAUUAUCGAUGCCAGAACAACUGUAUCAACAUUUGAACAAAUGCUUUUAGAGCUGUUUAGAGUAUCAAAUAAUAAUGUUAAUGCUGCUACAGAGCUUAAACAGAGAAAAACAUAUGAAAUGUUAGAAUCAUCAAAGAAAACUUUGAAAUCUUUAGCACAGUUGCUCUCAGAGAUAAAGAGUAUAGUGAUAAGCGAUGAGAUAGCUGAUAAAGUUAAUGUAGCGGUGGAAAAUAUAAAUGCAGCUGAGGAACUGAUAUUAAAAGGAAAGUUGGAUGAUGCUUUGGUUAAAGCAAAGGUAGCUUUUCAGAAUUCAGAAGAGGCAUUUGGGCAUCCAUCGCUUUUGGCUCUUUUGUACUUCCCAGAUGAUCAAAAAUAUGCCAUAUAUAUUCCGUUGUUUUUGCCUGUGAUGAUUCCAGUCGUCAUGUCACUGACUCAAAUAAAAAACAAAUUAUUUAAAUCUAAACAAAAAUAAAUUAAUAAAACAUUAAAAUUAA